UAUACUAUCAACUUAAUCAAGAGAUCUAAUGGGUGUAUUUCGAGAAAGGAGCUUCAAAAGAUGAAUAUGUAUUUGUUAUUGUACAAAAACGUCAAAGAAAUCAACGAAUUCAUCACUUUACACGCGGGAAUACUGAUGAAAGAACCAAGAUUAAACGUUCAAUUAUGGCCUAUUGGUGUUCAAGGUGUUUCUACCAGAUUAAGAGUAAGAAUUUCCAGAAAGAGAAAAGAA